AUGGCUAUUGAGUCUAGAUCCGGAUCGUCAAUAACGUAUGACGAUAUCUACAGUCUUGUGACUGACCUCAGAAAGGACUUAAAGGGGAUUGAAACUAACCUAGGUAAGUCAAUCAACACUGCCUUUGAGGAAAUAAAGGAAACUAAAAGUUUAGUCAGUAAACAGAAUGAAGAAAUGGCGGCUUUGCUAGAGCUCGUAAACAAACUAACUGCUGAAAAUAGCGAACUAAAGAACAGAGUGUCUUUGCUCGAAAGCCGUAUAGAGGACAGUGAACAAUAUUCGAGAAGGGACACUAUCGAAAUACAUGGUGUGCCAGUUGAAAAAGGCGAACAAGUGUUGGAAGUAGUCAAGUCGGUGGGGAAGGCAUUAGAUCUAACCAUUGAAAAUUCUAUGGUUAGUGCUUGCCACAGGUUACGAAGUAGGGAUGGAACUGACAAACCUCCCGGAAUAAUAGUUAAGAUGACUCGACGUAUGGACGCUGAAUCUCUGCUGCAACGAAGACGUGUGAAGAGGAAUUUUUCUACUCACCACAUAGGCCUAACAGCAAGCCCUGCUCAGCCUAUCUACAUAAAUGAAAGCCUAUGUCCCGGAAGGCGCCGACUUCUGAAUGCAGCUAGAGUUGUGAAAGGAGAAAAACAAUACACAUACUUAUGGAUACGGGGAGGCAAGAUCCUUAUGAGAAAGGCCGAAAAAGCUCCUGUGAAAGUGAUAACUUCUCAAGCAGAUCUAGCCAAACUGUGA